AUGAAAAUCCCCAUCUUGUGGCUCGCAUCGAGUCUACACUAUGGCCUGUUAUCAGCAAGUCCUAUUUUCGAGGAGUUGUUGUCUCCAAAGGCUGGUACUAAGGGUGCUGUCGUGUCAGAAGCUCAAGAAUGCAGCUACAUAGGCCGGGACUUGUUGGCACGGGGCGGAAAUGCCGUGGAUGCCAUGAUCGGAACGACCUUUUGUGUCGGCGUCAUCGGCAUGUAUCACUCUGGUAUUGGAGGGGGCGGGUUCAUGCUUGUCCGGGACAAAGAUGGCCAGUAUGAAGCCAUAGACUUCAGAGAAUCAGCACCUGCAGCAGCCUACGAAGACAUGUACCAAGGGAAUGUCAAUGGUAGCAUCUAUGGCGGACUGUCUGUCGGCGUGCCUGGAGAAGUACGCGGCUUUGAGUAUGCACACAAGAAAUACGGUAGUUUACCAUGGAAGACUAUCUUACAAGGAGCUAUUAAGGUUGCUCGUGAUGGCUUCAUAGUCAAUGCCGAUAUGGCAAAGUUUAUAGAAAAGACAACCAAGGGGCACCAGAACUUAUUCACAGAAGACCCUUCAUGGGCAGAGGAUUUCGCCCCGAAUGGACGACUCAUCGCUGAAGGGGAGACGAUGACAAGGAAGCGAUAUGCAAGCACUCUUCAAGCUAUCGCAGAUCAUGGCGCCGAUGUCUUCUAUACAGGCCCUUUCGCGGAAAGCAUGAUCAAGACUAUCCAAGACUCAAACGGCACUAUGACAUUAGAUGACUUGGAAGACUACCAAAUCAUCUCCCGUGAGGUUCUUCACACCGACUACAAAGGCUACGAUGUCUACGGCAUGAGCUCCCCAGCCGGCGGUGCAGUGUCGCUCAACAUCUUGAACACAAUGAACGGCUACUCGCACCAGGACGCAGACCAAAAUACCACGCUUCAUAUCUACAUCGAAGCCAUGAAGUUUGCCUACGGUGCUCGUCUAAAACUUGGCGAUCCUGACUUUGUCGAUGGUAUUUCUGAGCUGGAGCACGAGAUGCUCAACCAUACGACUGCCGAGAAGAUUCGAGAAAAGAUCGAUCCUUGGACUACUCAGGAUAUUGAGAAAUAUGAUCCCGAUGGAAUCUACUCAUCUGAAGGACACGGCACUUCUCAUGUCGUGACUGCUGACCGUGAUGGCAUGGCUGUCUCGUUGACGACCACUGUAAACCUCAUCUUUGGAUCUCUACUCAUGGACAACCUCACUGGUGUGAUUUUGAAUAAUGAGAUGAACGACUUUUCUAUCCCAGGCGUUCCAAACGAAUUCGGCUUCGCUCCAGCAGAAGCAAACUUUGUCCGUCCCAACAAGCGUCCUCUUUCAUCAUGCACACCUAUCAUUGUUUCGAACAAAGACGGCUCUCUAUUUGCCGUAAUUGGUGCUGCAGGAGGAUCCCGUAUUAUUUCUGCUACCACGCAAGUUGCCUGGCGCGUCCUGACUUCUCCAUCUUGGUCUAUCGAGGAUGCUGUCCGCGAGCCACGUGUUCAUAACCAGCUGAUGCCCAACACUCUGCUCGUGGAGAAAAAGUUCAGCUCAUACGAUGUUCCGUCGCUGAAGGAGAGGGGUCAUAAUAUCACUUGGGUUGAUGAGGGAUUGAGUUCGGUGCAGGCUCUCGUCAGGGACUCGGAUGGUGUUUUUGAGAUUGCUGCUGAGCCCAGGCAGAAGAACAGCGGAGGUGCCACACUUUAG